UUUUCAGCUAUGCACAAGAAUAACAUAUUUGCAAGAAUGAUUUAAACAAUAAUAUUUGAGUAUGAGGAUGAAUACAACUUACCUACGGCGAGGAGGUGUUCGCCGGUUUGAGGCUUUUGAUGAAGGUGAUGCCAUAACACCUCUCUUUGAACUUGCUUCAAGACUUGAAGAUGGACUUCAAGUUGGAACUCUCCACCAAGGUAUGAAGAAUUUCUUCUUCACUCUCUUCAAACCAUGGAACUUUGUAACUAGGAAUUCUCACUUCUCAAGUGGUUUUCUUUGGUUUGAAGAAUUGCUUCUUCUUGCCAAGAAACUUGAAAACUAUGAGAGAAAAGAGAGAAGUGAGAAAGCUAGUAGUAUAGUAGCUUUGGUGUGAUUUGCAAUGAAAUGAGGCCUUCUAUUUAUAGAAAAAGUUAAGGGCAUGUUUGGAUGAUAAUAAACUUGAUUGGCAAAUUGUAAUGAUUGCAAGAAUAUUCUUCAUGAGAUAUUUCUUAUGCAAGUGGGAAAAAAAAUCUCUCUUUGAUCUCUUUUUUGUCUUGAAAUUAUUCUUUUGUUAAAUACACCCCUUUUUGUCUUGAAUUAUUCUUUUGCUAAAUUCACCCCUCUUAUGUUUCUUUUUCAUGUUGCAUGAGGACUUUGAAGAAAGCAUGAAGAAGCUUGAACUUGAAGGAUGGAGAUUUGAAGAAUUCAAGAAUUGCAUUUGAAGUUUUAUUUUUUUCUUUUCCUUGUAAUUCCAACUUUGUAUGAAUGAAACUUUGUAUUCUUGAAAAUGAAUGGAAUUUUGUAAUUCUUGAAUUUUGGAUAAA